GUCACACAUACAUGUCUAUUUUCUCCAACUAACUUAUUCUCUACACGUUUUCAUGAAUUCUACUCAUACAAUUUGUCAAUUACUUGCUUCUGUUUUAUAUUUCAACGGUCUCAUCUGGUUCUUGGAUGACCUUGCCUCAAAGAAACAUCAACAUUUGCACACUUCAGGAAACUUCAGUUGUAAUCGAGUAGAAUAUUAUCCCAAGACCCCGUAGAAAAUUAGCUAGAUGCAAAAAUUACAAUAACUUUUUAUGAUUGAAUCCAGACGGAUCUUAAGAAGACGAGCGAGCGAGUGUGCACCGUAGGAGAAAGGAAGUUAAUUAAUGGUUUAUCAUCUCGUUACUUUUCAAUCUUUGCUCGCGUAUUCUAAUCUUCUAUCCUAAAUAUCGCGAGGUAAGCACAAUUCUGAAUAUUGUUUUUUUCUUCUUCCUUAUGAAUGAAAAAAAAAAUGAAGGUUUGGAGGCUAACUUACAUUUUAGCUCACCUAGAUAUUCAUCUACCACAACUGCAGCAAAGACUGCUUCUUCUCUGAUAUUGAUCCAUCUCCCCAAAACGGUGUCGACAGAAAAUGGAUUAUAAAUAAAUGAUGUAUAUUAAUUCUGGCUAUAUAAGUAUUUUUUUUAUGAAUAGUACAUAUAGGUUUAUUUAUUGUUAGAUGUUUCUAAAGAAGGUUUGAAUCUGAAGUCUCUAGGUUAAAGACCAGUGAUAAAAUUGCUAGACGAGGAAGUUCUUAUUCGCUCUAGCUAUAUAUGUAUUGCCUAUAGAGUUUUAACAUUCCUUUUUAAGUAUUUGGCAUGAAUAAUUAGUUAACAGUAGUGAAGCUUGGAUGGGUAAUUUAGGGGUGGCUCUACGGUCCCAGUCCGGUUAAAUUGGACCAAAUUGAUCCGGUUCCAGUCCGGUCUUUUCGGGAAUAUAAGGACCAAAGAUUGGAUUGGAUACAAUCCAGUCUCGAUUCGGUCCGGUCUUAACCCGAUCCGGUUCUAAUUUGAUCUUGAUUUUAGGUGUUGGGGGUCUCUUAUCCGGUAUUUAUUAGGGUUUUUACCUCAAAUCUAAGCCCAAAUAUGAGAUUGGAUUAUUUGUUAUCCGGUCCCAGUCCGGGUUAUACGGUCCGGUUUCGGGUAAAACCAAAUAGUCCGGGCCAAAUAGGCCGCCGUAGGGUAAUUAAUGAACUAAUUAAAUAAGCAGUCCUUAUCAGAAAAAUGGAAUGAAGUAAGUAGGAAUUAAGGGGACGAUGGCUUCACCGUUAAAAUUUGGUGUGGGUGAUUAAGUUGCUAAUCAAAGGAAAGUGGUCUUUGCGCAAACAGGGAGCGCUGUCGUUGUUAACUGUUAACUGUUGCAAACAUGUACAUAUAGCUGGGAGGUGAUGGGUUUGUUGUUUUGAUUUUAACGUAGUACCAUGUCUGUCUCAUCACCAGGACUGAACCAAGAAAUUGAGAUGAUGUUACUAAUUACUGAAAUCAAGAACUUUGGUGUAAUUUGGACGAUAUUUGGUUACCUUGGUUUCAUCUGUGGAGGUCUUUGGUGCAAAACUAGCAUGGAGCGAGCUAUACGCACCUCGUGUCAGAGCACAUUUGAAGAUACAUACCUUCUGUCUGAAAAAUCGACCGAAAGCGAGUUAUUCACUCGUUCAGCAGUUCGUUUAGGAAUUGGCGACUUAUCAAUUCAUAGAGAGAUCUGUUGGCAUUCCAGCCUUACUUCUCUUUUCAUCAGGGUCUCUAUCAGAGCGGGAAUUCUCUGGAGAUCUUUGCAUAGGAAACAAAAUAAUCGGAAUUAAACCCGGUCAACUACCGGAAUUAAUGUGUAUAAUGUGCAUGGUUACUUUUUUUUUAUAUCACAAUAUCUUUUACGAAGAAUUUAUCUAGCCUAUUCGUUUAAAAGACAGUUUAGUAUCAUUUUGUACUAUCCAUAUUACAUAUAUAUAAGUAAGUAGUUAUGGAUAAAAAGUUUGCCAAACUUUUGAUGCUACAUCUUAAUUACUCCAUAUAUAUAUAUAAUUGGUAACAAUUAAUUAAUUAUAUGGUAUGGAAUAGAUAAGCAAAGGUGAAGGUGUGCUAACUAAAAGUGUCGUGUAAAACCAACAAAAGUGACUUCCCAUCCAUCCAUCCAUCCACACACAACCCUAGCUAAUAAACCAACCACAUCACCCAAACAAACCAAUUAGUAAUAAACUAAAUUAAUAAAAUACUAUAUAUAUAUAUAUAUAUAUAUAUAAGCUAAAUUACCAUUGUUAUCAUCAUUCUCUCUCUCUCUCUUAACUAUAUAUCUUCAUCUUCUUCCUCUCCCAGCUGCCGCCAUUUAUAUGCUUCCUCUUUCUAACUAGACCCCAUUUCCGAUUGAUCCAUCCAAUUAUCAUAAACUGAUAAUCGAAUCAGUCAUUUUUAUUUAUAUAUAUAUAUGGAAGAAUUAUCUGCAGCAGCCAACUCUGGCGAUGAAUUACCAGCUUCAUCAGCAGGAAGGCCACCAACUACCUCUUCUUUCUCUUCGUCAUCUUCUUCCUGUCCAAGAGGCCACUGGAGACCCGCCGAAGACGAGAAGCUUCGGCAGCUGGUCGAGCAGUACGGUCCCCAGAACUGGAACUCCAUCGCCGACAAGCUCCAAGGCAGAUCAGGGAAGAGCUGCAGAUUGAGGUGGUUCAACCAACUGGACCCGAGGAUCAACCGGCGGCCCUUCACGGAGCAAGAAGAGGACAGGCUCCUGACGGCCCACCGCAUCCACGGCAACAAGUGGGCCCUCAUCGCCCGCCUCUUCCCCGGCCGGACCGAUAACGCCGUCAAGAACCACUGGCACGUCGUCAUGGCUCGCAAACAACGGGAACAACAACACUCCAAACACGGCGUCAACGUUAUUAACAAUAGUAGAGUGAUAUUCUCGCUCUCCCCGUCUACCGUUAACUCCUCCUCGUCAACAAGCUGCCGCUUCUCCAAUUGUUGGGGGCAGCAGAAGCCAUCGAGAGAUUACUACUCCAGUUUUUGCUCCAACGGUGGUCCUGGUGCUACGACGACUACGACUACAACUGCGACUACGACUGAUAAUGUGUCUAGAUUUUUUUACCCUAGUUCGCGAUCCGAAAUUGGGGAUGCUAUUUAUGGUGGAGAUCAUACUACCAGUAGUAGUAUUAUUAUAAAUAGUAAUAGUCCGAGCAGCAACAAUUACAACAACAAUAUCAAUGGCCGUGGGAGCUUGUGGAGUUGGGUCGGGUCGUGUAAUAACCGGACGGCCUGCAGAGUGGUUCCGAGCCCCUUCGGGUACUUGAAGGUUAGCGAUCGUGACGAUAACGAAGACAUCGGCGGCGAUGUGUCGAAUAAUGGUGGUGGAAGCAAGAUGAGGAAGAAGGGAGCAGGGGAUGUUGUUGAUCAUCGAGAAGAAUUAUCGUCGAGUAAUGAUAGAUUUCGUAAUCAGGUGAUGACGAAGACAGUGCAGGAAGAAGAAGACGACGACCACAACCACGAUGGAGAAGAAGAUGUUCCUAGCUUCAUCGAUUUUCUUGGUGUGGGUAUAUCUUCUUCUUGAUCACCCUCUAUAUACUAAUAAUUAAUCUUUAGCUUGCAUAAUAUAACCUUUCUUGUUUUUGAUUCAAAAGACACUCCUCUAAUUUGUGUUUGUUCUUUGUAACUAUAUAUAGUAAUUAUGUGCUACUAUACUAUAUACUUCUUCGAUCACUUCUACAAAAUUAAAUGUCUGUAGACAUUGAAUACCUACUGAUUUAGUUGGUUUUAUGUGAUUAUGGUAGACUAAAGAAACGUGUGUAAUGUAUUGUUUGCAAAUUGCAAUGAGAAAUGAAUUUUUGGUGAUGGCUUGAACGAACGAGAAAGAAGAAGGAGAAAGAAAAAAAAAAGAGAGAAUAUAAUGAAGUAGUUCAGCUGUCUGUUGAUAUAUAGGAAGUAGUAGUAGUCAUACAAUGUAUGUAUGUAUGUUAUAUACCUACGUAUGAUAUGGACAUUUACUUGGAUUGCAAGGCAUUCCGUAGGUUAGAGAGAGAUAGGCAACUUAUUCAGAAACCAAACUACGAAAAAGCCUUUUUUUUUAUACAAAUGAGAUGACAUAUGGUCAUAUAUAUACAGGCUUGCUUGAUCGACCACUAACACUAAACUUAGUUUGAGUUUCGCUUUCUCAAAUCUGUGUCAUUUUUUUUCCAAACGACAUAGAUAGGAAAACUACUAUAUAUAUAUAAGGUUUCUUAAUUAUGUAAUGGCUAAGCUGCUCACAUCCUGCGGCAACCCACAAGUAAGCAUUGUUAUAAGAACCGAACCGGAUCAACGGUUGGGCAGUAGAAUCGUCAAAUCAGUUAUGAUAGUGGUUCGGUUCAUUGUUUGAACGGUUAUUGAUGGACCAAACGGUUUUUCACGGUUCAAAAUAAAAUCAAAUGAACCAGCACGGUUUAACUGGUCCACUGGUUUUCCAGUUUUGUUAACAUAUUGGGACUAGAGCCGCAAACGAGUCGAGUUUUUGCUUAUCUUGAGUUCGAUUUUUUUACAAAUUUUUUAUAUGGGGGCUUGGCUCGAACUCAAAUUCUGAUAAUCCAGCUCGAGCUCAUAUUCGGCUUGAAUAAAAAUAAUCUAGUACGAACUCGACCCGGUAGAGCUCAAUAGAUGCGUUAAAUGUUC